GUACACUCAAAACAUUGAUUGUAACAACAGCUUGGCGGACUGGACUGGAUUGCUUUGAACUGUGAUCCACCGAACCCCUGUCACUCCUUACUUCAAUCUUGAACGCGCCACCCUGUGCAUUACCCUGUUGCAUGGGCCAGAUUACACCUAAUCAUAUUUUUCCACGCCUUUCGCGACAACCAACAAACCACUUUCUGGGACACACGCCACUUCAUCUCGUUUUUGAAUGCAUGCAAGGCCAGACAGGCGGAAUACAACGCAUCGCAACUUGUAGCCCUACUACAUCCCGCUGCAGCCCUCGACGUUGAACUAAAAAGCAACAGAUCGACAUUUUGGGCGCUUCACGAACUUCUUGGUCGCAAUCAGUUUCUUCCAAGGCACAGAAAAACCCACUGUUCUUUUCCAAACUCAGUUUCAACCCCGGCGACGAUGGAUUCCGUUGAACUCGAUCAGACGCCCUUCGCGGCAGUCUCUGCGCAGACAUCCAGGUUAUCAAGACAAUACCAAGCCGUCCUUGACCAGUCAACACCAUAUGUAAUGUACCGAUGGAUUGGAACUGGUAUCGCGCUUGUGCUCUUCUUCGCCCGUAUUUUCGUGGCACAAGGCUGGUACAUUGUCGCGUAUGCGCUGGGCAUUUACCUGCUCAAUCUCUUCCUCGCUUUCCUCCAGCCCAAGUUCGACCCCUCAAAUGAAGCUCUGGAUAACGACAUGGAGGACGGUGCAGUUGGGGGUCUGCCGACGAAGCAGGACGAAGAGUUCCGUCCAUUCAUCCGCCGUCUGCCCGAGUUCAAGUUCUGGCACGCGGCUACCCGUGCUAUCGUCAUCGGCUUUCUCUGCAGUUGGUUCGAGGUCUUCAACGUGCCCGUCUUCUGGCCCGUUCUGGUUAUGUACUGGUUCAUCCUGUUCUUCCUGACGAUGCGCAAGCAAAUCCAGCACAUGAUCAAGUACCGCUACGUACCUUUUUCAUUUGGAAAGGCUCGGUAUGCCAAAAACAGUUCAUGAAUGACAGGUCAAAGUGGCAUGCCGUGACAUGUUGCACUGGGCUCGUGGUCAAGAAGCGUAUGCUUUUGCAGACGAUCGAGGGCCUGGUAGCAUAAUUCACAUGCCUUGUUGUGGACAGGGUUUCCUCAAUUCAGUUCUCAGAAGUGUUGUAUGAUAUACGAGGAAAGCGUUUUCACGGAGAUGACCAUUCACCGUGAAGAGGGUCAUCUACGUUUACAAGAUUUAAUAUAUCAUAGGGUUGGUCACUCAAGAUCUGGCGAGAUCUAGCUACAGAGAAAGGUAGAAUGGAGUGAGCGCUGCGCUGGUCACCAAUGAUCCACCAACAGAAGCAGAGAAGCUACGUUAAGCUGGGCCUAACAUUUGAAAUGAAGCGAGGGCGUUUGAUUGGUGUGAGCAGCAGAACCUUUUGGGCUAUGUUUUGCACGAUUUUCCUAGGAAGCAUUGAGCUAUACUGCUAUACUGAUAGAAGUAAGGGUGCAAAAUGUCAUUAAGACUCGAUUGAACUGGCGGUUAUUUUAAUUAUAUUGCUGAGCGGG